AUCAUCAACUAGCAAACCAAUGCCUCAGAAUAACAACAUUAAAAGUGGUUGUGCUUGUAAACAGCAUUGGUUUGCUGCAUUCUUCCCUUUUCUCAUCUUAGAAACCUCCAUGACACAUUUUUCAGAUACUGUAUCAAGUUUUUGGGCAAUUCUUCUAUUGGUUCCAAUUACAUAAGGAAGAAAAAAUAGUAUAAAUAUACAUUUUUAUUUUCAUUGGUUGGUUCUCUUAUGAACUUUUAUUCAUUUCAACAAUGAAUGGAUUCCUCAAUGCUGGCCUUUCAGAGAGAACUUUCAUAGGUUUUGCAAAAGGUUGAGCAACAUAUAGGUUUGUGUAAUAUGGCAACCGACAAUAAGGUGAAGAGCCUCCUUAGAGGCCUAAGAUUCAUUUCUCAGAUAUUUGAUAAUAGUGAAAAAGAGCCAGAAAUUGAGAUUGGUAAUCCCACAGAUGUAAGGCAUGUGGCACAUAUUGGAUUGGAUAAUCGUGGUCCCACUGAAAACUCUCCCAGCUGGAUGAACGAGUUUAAAUCUGUCCCAGGAAUUUCAUCUGCACCUGAAAAUCACGAUGGUGACAAUAAUUGCAAAGGGUCUGAGAAUUCAAGCAAGGUCUCUGCAGAUUCAAGGUCUAUGAAUUCUCAAGGUCAAGAGAAAGACUCAACUGAGUUGCCUAAAACAUCUAGGCGGCACUCAAAUUCCAAAAUGAACAUAAUAGAGUCCCAAGCAAAGGAAAAAUCAGAUAGGCCAAAGCAUACAAAAAGGUCAUCCAAACAUUCACAACCCAAUAGUGAUUCAGAUUAUAUCCAACUCCAAGGUAGUGGGGAAUUGCCACCUACAGGCCUGCCAGAAAGCCCAAAAAAGGGUCGAUCAAAGAAGACCAAAGAUGCUUCCGGUGGUGGUGACUCGUCCAAAACGAGAUCAAAACCCCAUUCUAGGGAGCUCAACUCCAAUGAAGGGUCUCAUUCUAGAUCAAGUUCCAAAUCUAGGAACAAAAAUAGGGCUAAUGAAGAAGAUGAACAAGUUGAGAGAAGCAACAUGAAUUCAAUGCAGACAAACCAAUAAAGAUGUAUUCACACCCAAUACACUCACACAUAAUAGAGAGAAAUGAAAAAUAUGAUUUGUGAUGUGAUACAAAAAGAAAAGAGUUAAGGAAAAAAAAAUGAGUGAAAAAAAUGUGAUUAUAAAUAUAUCAAAACCCACCACCGACAAACCAAGGGUUCAUAGCAGUCAAUCAUAUCUAACCCAACUAAAUUGUAAACCACAGUCACCAAUGAAAGGAGAGAUCUAGUGAAGAAAUAUUGAGAAGUCACUCAAACAUGAAUAAUUUUAUAAUUGGAAAUUUGAAUGUUUAUAACAUUGCUUAGUUAGUAAUUGAAAAUAGAACAUUACCUAGCCUCACCCCCCCUAAAAAAUUGUGUAAUACAUCUUAGUGUUUUACUUUUCUUCAAUUAUAAAUGUACAUGUAUGUAUUCAUGUAGUUAAUGUUACUAAGGUAUUAAACUAUCAAUUCUCCGAGUGUGUUUGAAAAAAAAAAUCACCAGACUCUUACUUGUCUUUUUAAGUUAAGGAGUGUCUUUUGCUUUGUCGUUCUUUUGAUUAUGUGAAUUUUUCUUUUAUCCGGCUCUCUAAUAAUAUAGUUGCAAACCAUUUAACCAGAAAUGCCUCCUAUUUCGCCGGUUUAAUGUGGAUAGAGGAAAUUCCCCGAAAGCUUUUUCUUUUGUAACUUCUGUCAUUUCAGCCUAUGUGCCAGUUCCAGUUUAAUACAAUUGCAGAAAACUUUAAAACAUAAACGAGUUCAAGGGUAGUAUGAGCGCUAUUUCACAGAAGGAGUAAGAAAACAGAUAGGGUUAUGUUAGUCCAAUCACUCUCCAACCCUCUCCAUAUUAAGGAAAUUAAUGUCAAAUGUUUUUUCACAAGUGUGAAAGGCACCGACACUUCACACCUUAAAAAUGUUUGUAAAAUCAUUUCAUUAAACUUAAUGCAAAUGGUUAAUGGUCAAAUUAGUUCAUGAGUUUAUACGCGAGUUUAAUCUUAGUUCCUCUGGCGAAAAAUGACGUUUAGUGACAGUUAUUUAUACAGUUACUUACGGUUUUUUACUGUCAUUAAACACCAUUUUUCGUUAGAGGAACUAAAAUUCAAAAACUCUCAUUUCUACUAUUCUAAUCCAGGUAAUACAAGGUGACUAUAGUGGUGGUAGGUUAUGCAUAGAGAUAGUGGUGGUGGAGCACCCAAUGGCAACUAAGGAUGUCUUUUCUAAAUAAAAUAAAAAAAAACUAAGGAUGUAAAUGAGUCGAGUUAGAAAUGGUCAUCAAAUUGCUUAUUUAUUUUGAAAUAUAUUUAAAUUAUUUUAUAUAUACAAAUUUAAAGAUAAAAAUA